GCAUGAUAUUAUUUUUUAUUUCAUUAAGUGCGUUGUGCAUCUACUAUUUUCGCCUAAUUUAGCCAUACAAAAUGUUAUAUUGUAAAGCAAGCAGAUUUACGUGUUAGGAGCAACUCGAUUACAUUUUUUCGGACAAAAUUUAGCAGACGCUUAUUAUUACGUAAGGAUCUUUACGUGUGUAGAUGAUGAAGAACUUAAAUACAUGCUACGAAUUUGUGGAAAGUAAGAUUGGAGCGGGAUUUGCAAGAUAUGGACGUUUUGUUUCCCACCAUGCUUGGAAAAUUAUAAUGGCAACAGUCAUUGUGAACGGAGCGCUUGGAAUAGGAAUGAUAAAGCUCCAGAGUGAUAUUGAAAUCGGAAACGUAUAUCUUCCUUUUGGAACAGAGUCACGGGAUGAUCUCGCACGGGUAGAUGACAUUUUUUCUGAUCUUAGCGGCUCUAAUUUCAACCCACUUACAGUGUCAAUUGUGGACGGUCUAUAUGCAAGGGUCAUUGUUAGAGCUACAUCAGGAAAUCUUCUCGACAAGACAGUGUUAGAAGAAAUUAAAACGAUGUCGAACUUCAUUCAAAACAUCGAAACCAAGAACGACAAUGGAUCGACAAUAAAGUUUUCUGACGUAUGUGCUAGAUCUCAUUCCCGCUGUGCUGUGGAGGGGAACAUUUUCUGGGAUGAAGAAUUUUUCAAAGCGAUAGACAAUAACAAUGUCACUUAUCCUGUGUUUGUCUCUUCGUCAGCUGGCGGUCAAGAUUAUUCUUCAGUUGUAGGAAAGGUGACACUUGACAGUACCGGGAAAUAUUUGACAAGUAUGGAAUUUCUUCGCCUUGGCUUCAACAUACGGACGGACGAGGAUAAAUACAAGGUCAUGGCCGAAAAAUGGGUAGCAGAAUUUCUAAUACGUCUGCAGUCAUACACGGGCAGUGACAAGUUUGAGUUCGCGUAUCGUCAUCAUAAUUCCCUGAACGAGGAACUCGACGAGAAUGUGUCAGGAGAUAUAGCACUGUUCGCCGCCACAAUCGCCAUGAUGAUAACAUACGCUUGUGUCGCCACAUUAUCUUCAAGAAUAACGGACCAAGUUGGACAACGCAUGUGGCUAGGUUUCGGUGGGAUUUUGGCAGCAGGGCUCGCAAUCGUGUCUAGUUUUGGUAUCUGCGCUACUUGUGGUGUCGAUUUCGUCAGUAUAGUUGGCAUCGUACCUUUCCUCAUAAUUGGUAUUGGUAUUGACGACAUGUUCAUACUGCUGUCCGGUUUAUCAGAAGCACAGACAAAACAGUCGGUGGAAGACAAGAUUGCGGAAACAUUACGUAUUUCCGGUGUAGGGAUAACAAUAACUUCCGUUACAGACUUCAUUGCUUUUAUGGUCGGUUCGGGAUCAAGCUUCAUCGCCGUCAGAAAUUUCUGUAUUUAUACAGGCGUUGCCGUCGUUUUCUGCUACAUCAACAACGUAACUUUAUUCGCCGCAUGCAUUGCUAUAAACGAACGCCGUGUUAGGGACAACCGUCACUACAUGACCUGCAGACGCAUUCAAACAAAAGAGGUCUUAAAAAUUGAAAACAAAUCAAAAAAAUACAUUUUGUGUUGCGGAGGCCGCCCACCCAGAAACAGAGAAGAGGCCGAGAGUUUUGUGGACAAACUUCCACGUUGGUUAAUUCCAAAGAUUGUUUUGAAGCUUCCUUUCAAAAUUAUGAUAAUCAUUCUGUUUCUCGGAUAUUUAGCAGCUGCGAUUUACGGAUGUGUUAAUCUGAAACAGGGCUUACUGUUCACCCAGUUAGUGAGCGAUGAUUCGUAUUUUUUCAAGUAUUCCGAAUGGGAGCAAAACUACUUCAAGCGAAAUGACGCCGUGACUUUUGUCAUCCCGAGCACGCGCACGUAUUCUAAACCGGAAACACAAUCAAUGAUAGAUGAACUGAUCUCAAGUGUUCAGUCAAAUAACUACUUCGACGAUGAUUUUGAAGUAAAUUGGUUAAAGACGUACAUGAAUUCCGAAUACAUCAAUGGCUCAUCAGAGUCAGAAUUCAUUUUUGGUCUCCAAAAAUUUCUAAGUGACCCGCGAUAUUCCAUAUUUGUAAACGACGUUAAAAUUGAUUCUAUAAAUAAUCAUAUUACAUCUUCACGAGUAUAUGUUCUGACGGUUGAUUUAGAAGAUAGCCAAGAAGAAGGCAAAAUGAUGCUAGAGUCUCGAGAAUUAGCGAGCGCUGCAACAAUUGGCUGUUUUGCCUUUGCGCCGUCUUUUGUUGUGUAUGAACAAUACGUUCGUAUAUUAGGCCAAACUCUUCAAUCUGUGGGCAUAGCUUUAGUGUCUGUGUUUAUAAUCACGUGUAUCUUUAUGCCACAUCCGGUGAUGAUCAUUUUUGUCACAGUGGUUGUUACAAUGAUUAUGACUGGUGUGUUUGGAUUUAUGUAUUAUAUAGAUGUCGCUUUGAGUGCAAUCACGAUGAUUAACAUAAUUAUGAGUAUUGGUUUCUCAGUUGAUUUCACCGCACACAUAUGCCAUGGCUACAUGAUUUCGAAUGGUGCUACACGUGAUAUAAGGGUCAAACAGGCCAUAGAUAAAACUGGGGCACCGAUAUUUCAUGGCGCUGUUUCAUCUCUCCUUGGUAUAUUAGUUCUUGUCGCGGCAAAAUCAUAUAUUUUUAGAACAUUUGCAGCUGUAAUGUCUUUUGUUUUGCUUUUCGGAAUUGCGCAUGCGUUACUGCUGCUUCCGGUCAUAUUGUCAUGGAUAGGACCAGGUAGAAUUAAUUCUGGGGAUGAAGGAACAAUUCCGGAAGAUAAACUCGAAAACGAAACAGUGAAUGCUAAUAAUGAUAUGAUUAACUUUAAAAAGUAUGCCACAGUGUAUAAACUCUACAUUUCUGGUUCAGAUGGUGAAUAUUCAUGGCAUAAAAUCAAAUAAAUGAAUUAAGUAUUCCUACGCAAUAUAUAUACGGAAUGAUUUUUUUCUUGUGAAAAAAAUGUACAUACCACUACUUGGCUUUAAUAUAUCUAUUACCGACAAUAUUAGAACGAAAGGCAAGUCACAUAAAAUGGACUAAUAACUGACUGUUUUCGCAUUAGCACAGUGAAGUUUUAAAUAUAAUUGUGUGUUUGUAGUCUUGUAUCUCAACAAAAUGUUCCUGGAAAAACAAUAUGAGCGGCUAAUGAGAGUUAAGAAGUUAGAAGUAGUCCAGUGAGUAAAUUUUAACAUUUAAUCGAUAUAUACACACACACACACACACACUAUAUAUAUAUAUAUACACUUAAAGAUGUAUGUCAGGUUCAGACCUUUUCAAGUGUAUUGAGGAAAAAGAUAUGGUUGUUUUUAUGUUUAUUGGCGGCUAACAUCAGCAAAUAUACAACACAGACGGAUGUUAUUUUACAACUAUACAAUAGUGUUCGGCAGCAAGAUGAAUAUGUAGACUUAUGUUCAAGGAACGAUGUGACCAUAUAAUCAAAGCCUUGAAAUGUCUGAUGGUUGCGGGUUUUUUGGUAGAUUUAUUUUCUGUUUAAAUGCCAGUCUAUGAAUAUACAUGAAUGAGAAGCAAAUACAAAUUUUAUGUGCCUCAUAUCUAAGAUGAACUCUGCCUGAUCUAGCUUGUGAUGUAACCAUGGGCUGGAAUACCUUAUCAUUGAUAGUUCUUAUAUAAUCUAAAUGGUCAGUGUGAGAUUAAGAACUGCUUGUUCAUUGAUAAUUUAUCCGCACUGUUCAUGAAUGGGACUAUUUUGUGUAGCACAUGAACAUCCUUUGGAUGCGAUUCGGAAUAAAAUAAAGAUGCUAUGAUUGUCAGAAAUACACUUUAACUUUGGUAGCGGGAUAAACCCGCAACCAAAAAUCUUUCAGAGGCAAUGCCAUGAAAGAAUGCAAAAUCAAAAUUAUUAUGUCAGUACGUCCGAUAGUGGCUUGCAAUUGCAGCAAAGCAAGAUGUAAUUUCUGCUUUUGUCAGUAUUGUCCCAUACAAAUAAUUUUUACGCCACAUGUAUUGGAUUCUCUGGCAUCAUUGAUAUUAUUAGAAUAAAAGUACAUUCACUCAAAGGCCGAAUAAUAUUUAUAUAUUCAGGGUUGAAUUUAACAGGUAUUUUAGAGUUAAAAUUCAAAAUGCCAUGAAUUCGAAGAGAGUAUUCAAAAUACUUGAAAUACAUUCUACCAGUAUCAUAAUAAUCUUAACAUGUUAUCUUUAUCUUUAUAAUUAUAAUUUUUAGCACAAACCUUUUACAACGGUAGUAAUUAUUUUUAAGCGUUCCUUGACAAAAAUUUACAGAACAUUCAACAUAUGCCGUACCACAAGCUGCAAGCAUCUAGACAACAAAUUCUAAGUGGGAGGUCAGAUAUAAAAACAAUAUGGAACAUUAAUAUUUUAUUUUUGUAUUUUCUUGACAAUUUCAUUCAAAGACUGGCCAUGUAUUUGUUACUGUUACGCCUCACAUGCGGGUGUACCCAGCCCGUCUUUUUCCUUCCAGAAGGGCAAGCUUUAUAAAAAGGGAAGAGCAAUUUAAUAGUUGAUGUUAAAUUUGUAAUGAAAGAAUAGCGUUCCUAAAUGCAUGCUUGUCUGGUUGUAAUAAUGAUCUGAGGUCGAACUUGUGUAUGUUGCUGUUUCACUCAAUUUGUCAAGGUGUAAUUGGUCAAUCUAGUCCAUCUGUUUCCCACAGAAAGGCCUCCAGAAAAGCAUGUUAGAUUUAAAAGAAUAAUAUUGGAUAUCAAUUGUUGUUUUAGUUUUACUAAGACAGCUAUAUUUGGUGUUUAAUACAAUAGCCAAUGACGUCAGAGUAACAAUACUGUAAACACACGUAUUUUCGCGGGGUCAAAAUUUCGCGAAUUUUAUAUAUUGAGUAUGUUCUCUAGGUUCUAUAUUUGCGGAAUUGUAAAAAAGUAAAUUUGCUUCUUUCGGCUUUUAGUGAAAAGUUAGCUUCAGACUGUCUACCUUAAAGAUCGAUCGCUAUAAAUUGUAUGGAUGUGCAGUAUAAGUCAAGUCGAAACGCUCCUCCUUAACACGUAACUAUGUGUACAAGAAAUUUGUUCAUAUCAAUGCAAUUCGUAACGUCAUUGGGAAGCCAGCAAUAGUUAACGGUAAAAUGGACGGAAUCUGUUAUGAAAGUUAUAACGCAAAUAUUACAAAACGAGAUCUUAAAUUAAAUCAGAAACGUUCUUAAACAGUUCGGAACCAUUUUUGUUUCAUACAUAGAAAAAUGAUGAACAGGUUAUCUUAUUUAUAUCUUUUUCAUGACUUAAACUGUUGUUAAGCCUUGAACUUUGAGUUAUUAUUAGAUAUUUUGUGUGUGUCACUUGUUUUACUAUUAAGGACCUUUCUAGAAUUUUAAAAGUCCCUUCUGCAGCCUUUGGAGACCUUUCAAAUGAUUUAUAGAUAACAUCUGGACAACUGAAAUUAACGAAUAAGUUGGUGGACCAAACAGAAAAUCAUUUUAUAUAGUUAUAGCACAUUAAAACGUUUGAUGAUAUUUGUAUUUUGUGAAACUGUUUAUACAUGAAA